CUAUGGCAACAACAAAGAACAUCCCUGAUGAGUCUCAAUACAGAAGCAGAAGACAGCAAAAUCUCCAGGAGGUGCUGACAGAAGUGGGGCUGUCUGUUGACUACUGGCUGCCUAAGCUUCAAGAAGACCUGGGUGUGACCUGUGCCCAGGCUUUACAACACUUAGACGAAAAAGACCUCCAGAAGCUGAAGUCCCAGACACAACACACAUGGGAGAAAAAGGCCCUAGAGAAGCUGCUGGACCUCUCACAGCCAAAUAGUGUUGCAGAGUUCCAGGAGACUCCAGGACAGAUGAUAAAGAACAGGCAGAGGCAGGCAGGACAGGCACUGCAGGAACUGAGGGCCUUGCAGUCACAAGGGAAGCACAGACAGGAAGAGGCAGUGAGGAGGAAAGAAGCAGAGCUGAGACAGGCAAUGGAGAUCCCUGAAGAGUGCUGGCCUGGACUUGAAGUGCCCCUAAAAGACGUCACUGAAACAAUGGAGAGACAUCUCAGUCACAUAGAACAGACACUGGCAAACAGUGAAAAUCUCUCAGAUAGAGACCUGGAAUGGGCAUCUGGAGGGCUAGCCCUGCGAGGAAUUUAUAAGACCUCCCACCAAAAGGACCUGGUAGCAAGGAGAGAAGAACUACUCAGGGUCCCUCAGGAAAUCUUUCGCUUUGGAUCUGAACAAGGUAAACGGAUGGAAACAAAAGAGUUUGCAUCUUCCAAAGAAGAAUCCCUGUUCACUGAAACUGUGGAGAAACUCGGUUUCAGGUUAAUGCUGUCAGCCAAGGGUGGAGGCUGGGGAUUUAGUACUGAAAGUGGGAUGGACAGUGUCAAACAUUCGGAAUCCAAAGAUACCCACCAAUCAGAUUCUAAGCACUCUUAUUUCUGUUCAUCAAUAUUUAGCUACAACCCACUAGCCUCCUUCCACUUUCGAAUUGAUCAGCUCCAGCUCUCCACUGCUGCUCUCAAAGAACUGAAAAUCAUUGUAGAGCAGCUGGAACACACUGAUGGACCAGACAGAUUCCUUGUAGUGAGGAACAGGACUGAAAACUUCUUCAGCAGAUUUGGUUCUCAUGCUAAUCAAGGCCCUCUGCACCUUGGGGGAAUCUACAGCUGGAAGGCCAUUUCAGAGGGUUUCAAAAGUGACCAUCUGGAUCAUGUAAAGCAACAGACAGCAGAAGCUUUGAAUGCUUACAUAAGGGGUAGCUACAGUGGUUUUGUUAUUGAAGUUGGGGGAGAGAUGACAAUAUCAGACUCACAUUCAGUAAGAUCCUACACAAAGGCAACUGAUCAACAGCUCCAAAUGAAAGUCCAAUUAUCUGUGGCCCAGUUAGGUGGACCGCCAGAAGCUAAUGGAAUUGCUCAGUGGACAACUGGCCUUAUUGCAAGCAACAAAACCUGGUCUGUCAUUGACCGAGAACUUCAGCUGGUGCCCAUUUGGGACAUCAUCUUAUCUAACCACGUAAAUGAUUUUAAGAACCCCUUUCUGGUGGCUAGCUGCCUGGCAGGCAACUACUCUGCUCUGACAGGCCUUGUUGCCAACAUCCAGGAUACAGAGAAGUUGUUGAGUUCCAUAAAGGAAGCAAGACAUUUCCUGGGUGGUAUGAAAUCCUGGGAAGUCUCUAACCCUGAAGAACAACUUAAUAAUCUGAUGGAUUUCAUGCAAGUACUGGCUGACAAAACAAAAGGGUAUGAUAUUUGGAUUAAUACAUGCCUCACAAAUUUGAAUCUACAGAAUUUUCUCAUAAGAACUGUCAACUUUUGCAAAAACACUUCCAUUAUGAAUACUCAUUUUAUUAAACUUCAGUUACGCUGCCUUCUAGAACCUCAUGUUUACAAAGUGAAAAACUUUCCUCAGGUGAAGUCAAUCAUGCAGUGGAUCUCCCAGACAGAGUCAGAAGAAGAACAAAUCUUAAUCACUGAAUCUUCUGAAUUCCUUAAAAAUUUAAAAGAAUUCCAAAAAUCUCUCACAGAAGCAAACAAAUCUGAGUCCCCAGAAACACUGAGAGGAAUUGUUGCAGACCUGAUGGUAGCUGGUGUUCCCAUUGAGCUCAUGGAUGGGGAUGCUUCAUAUGUGCCUCUAAAGUGGGUGGCAGCUGUUUUUGACAAGGUCUCAGAGAAACUUGGAGAUAAAAGACUGUUUGUUCUCUCUAUCCUUGGUCUGCAGAGCUCAGGGAAGUCUACCCUACUGAAUGCCCUGUUUGGGUUAGAGUUCACAGUUAGUGCAGGCAGAUGUACCAAGGGGGCCUACAUGCAGUUCCUAAAGGUGGAUGAUAAAUUCACAGAAGAACUUGGCUUUGAAUUUAUGCUUGCUGUUGAUACAGAAGGACUUCGAGCUCCAGAACUCAACAAUAAAUCCCAGAAUUGGGACGAUGAGUUGGCAACAUUUGUCAUUGGCCUAGGAAACCUGACUCUGAUCAAUAUUUUUGGGGAGAAUCCAUCAGAGAUGCAAGAUAUCCUACAAAUAGUUGUCCAGGCCUUUUUGAGAAUGAAACAAGUGAAAAUCUCCCCCAGUUGCAUCUUUGUCCAUCAGAAUGUAGGCGAAAUAACAGCAAAAGACCAAACUAUGGAAGGACGAAGGAGACUAGAACAGAGACUAGAUGAAAUGACAGCAUUAGCUGCUGAACAGGAAGAGUGCACAAACAUAACCCGAUUCAGUGAUGUCAUUAAAUUUGAUGCCAAUAGUCAUGUCUACUACUUUGCCCACCUCUGGGAUGGCAAUCCACCAAUGGCUCCUCCCAAUCCUUGCUAUAGUCAUAAUGUCCAGGAGUUGAAGACUGGGAUUCUUAGGAAUGCCCAGCAGGAAUCAAGGGGAAAAAUCAUGAAGAUCUCAGAUAUAAAAUUGCGAAUUCAAGAUUUGUGGAAAGCCCUGGUCAGUGAGAACUUCAUUUUCAGUUUCAGGAACACCCAAGAGGUCAUAGCCAUGAGUAAACUGGAAACCAUGUAUAACCACUGGACUUGGGAGCUGAGGAGUCAUGUGCUGGAAUUACAGAAUCAGCUGAACAAUCAGAUUCAGAAUGGGAAAAUCCUUACACUCACAACUAAUGCCCUGGAAGGUCCACUUAACAGAAAAUAUGAAACCAUCAAGCAAGAAUUUGACAAGUAUUUUGAACAAGACCCAGAUAGUGAAACAUUGAUUCAAUGGAAAGCAAAUUUUGAACAUAAGCUACUGAUUCUUAAAGAUGCACUUAUUUCAGACACCAGAAGUAAAGGCAAUGAACUCAUUAGUCUUAAACAAAGCCAAGAAAGACUAGAAAAACAAAAGUCACAAUAUGAAAAUGAGUUGUUAGAGAGGAGCCGAAAGUUGGCUUUAAGUGUGAAAGGUAAAGAGUUAAGUGAUGAAGAGUUGCGUGAGAAAUUCAAUCAAGUUUGGACAAAUUGGAUCUACAAUGUGUCUUCUACUGCACCUCCUGUCACAGAACCUAACAUAGAUGGGGAUGCUGAAAGCAUUUUUCUAAAUCAUUUCGCAAAGGACAAAAAUAUUGCAGAAAGACUAAAAAUAAAGAAUGGAGAAACAUUUUGCAUCAAUUAUGACAAGCAUGUUCAAAUGAAAAAAAGAUAUCAUAUAAUUCCAAGGAGUUUAGAACCUUGUCAUAAAGAAUCCAUUGAUGAAACUGUUAAUACCACUCUUUUAAUAUUUGAUGAAACAAUAAAAAACAUUUGGAAGCAAAAGCGUGAUUACAGUCAGAGUGACUUUCAUACAAUCCUGAGGAUAAUAGAAAAUGAACUGAAAUCUGUUCCCCCUGAGAAAGACUACACAUUUACCAGAGACUACACCAUUGACUUAUCAUUAUACUUAUUCCAAAGAGCAUCCAAGAGAUUCAAGGAAAUGCACAAGGCUUUCAAGAGAGCAAAUGAUCCUGUGAACUAUCUGGAGAGGAAGAAAGAUGAUUUCUUCAUGAGUUUUAAGAUCUCCUGCCAAGGUGCCACCUCCAUCACAUCCUUUGUUGACUUCCUGUGGCUCAAGCUCACUCCUGCUAUCUAUGACACCGUAUGGGACAAAAUGGGUCCUAAAGUAGCUGAGGACAUGCGAGCCACCUGCCCUGUAUUCAAUGGAAACAGGGCUAACUUGGAGAGAUGUAUUCUCAUUUCUCUGGCAGAAAAAGAAAACUUUGAUAACUAUUGGCAAUAUAUUCAUCAGCCACAAUCCUUUUUCAGGGAUUACAUUAGUGAACAGAUUAGAACAUACUUUUCAGAAAAUGAAGGUGAAAAAAGAAAAACUUUUUUAAAAAUAAUUUUAGGUGACAUCAAGAAUGCCAUCCUCACUGCCAUCUAUAAGACCACAGAAGUAGCUAACAGUGAAAGCAGCACUGCUUCUGGAUGGUUGGAUUUGUUCUGUGAUCACCUAGGGAGCAACCUGAUCUUUCCAAGAAGAGACCUGAUAAGCAUCGAGCACCAGGAGAUUAAGGAUAGUGAUUUUCUCAAAGAAGCCAUGAGUGCAGCUUUGGAUCCUGCAAUGAGGAAAGCAGAAGAGGACUGCUCAGAGAGGCCCAUAGAUGAAAUAGUUCCUGACAUUGAGAAAAUUCUCUCUGAGCAUUUCUGUGGCUGUUGGAAACAGUGUCCUUUUUGUAAAGCAAUUUGUACAAACACCAUUCCCCAGCAUGAAGGAGACCACAGUGUGCCUUUCCACCGCCCUCAGGCUGUCAAUGGUUGGCAUUAUCAUAAAACAGACUACUUUGUCACUAAUAUCUGUACUAAUUCUGUAGCAAGUGAUCAUUCAUUUAUUUUAAGUGAUAACCGUACAUUCCCAUACAAGAAAUAUCGAGAAGCAGGAGGUGAUUAUGCCACAUGGAGCAUCACUCCAGACUUAUCUACCCAGCCGUAUUGGAAAUGGUUUAUCUGUCACUUCAGAUGGAAGCUUGAAGAGAAAUAUGGAAGAAAAUUUACAAAUUUAGGUGCUAUUCCAGAUUCUUGGAACAAAAUCACAAUGCAAGAGUUACUUGAUGAUUUGAAAAAAUAAUGACUGACAAAAUAUA